AUUUGACGUUUGUUUGCCUUUGCAAAAUUUUGUGACCAACAAAUAAAUUUUGCACUGCAAUUUGUAUUUUUCCACAAUAAAUCCUAGAAAAUAAAUACAAGAUCUUUGUUUGCAUUUUUAUCAUCAAUUAAAUUAGAAAAUACGUGAAAAAGGAAAAUGUGGACAAAUUUUUCACAAUCUUCUGCAGAAGAUGAAACAAUUAGCAAUGUGUUUUGUACAAACGGCAUUUUCAAGAUUUGGAGCGAUGAUCUUGUAUACAAAAGACCACAAGUUGGCGCAAGUGUACAAAAUAGAAAAAUGUUUAUAGCCAUUGAUAAGACUGUUGUGCUUCUGGAAGAUGAAAACAUUGCCAAGUGUAGCUUUUUGAGUUUUAAUUCUCAAAUUGAUAUUGUUACUAUAUCCAAUUCGGGAAAUCUAAUUGUCUGUGGCUUAUCGGAUGGAGAAAUUCAUGGAGUUUGUAUCAAUGGAAUCCCUUUGUUUAAUCUGAGCAUUAAUCAGGACGAUGUUCAGAAAAAAACUACAAUUGCCGGUAUACGACAAGUUGGGAAUAGCUACUACAUAUCCUGUACCAAUGGGAGUAUUUAUAAACUCACAAAUGUUGAUGAAAGUCGCAUUGAAACAUGUCUUAACAUAUCGCUGAAAGAGAACGAAACUGUUCUACUCAAUGAUAGCAUAAUGGAAAAUGUGGCUAUUGAAAGAAUGACUAACACAAAAAGUCUCAAUGAAAUAACUGCUGUCGAAAUAAUACCCCUAACAGGUAGAGAUGAAUAUCUUUUCUUGAGCGGAACAAAAUGUUUUCUUCGAUUUCAAACAUCUCAACAAGACACUAAGAUCAUCAUAUCCGAUAAUUAUCAAGGCCUUAAAAAUAUUUAUAAUUUGGAUAGCUACACCAUUGCUUUGACGAACAGUGGCCAUCUUCUUGAAAUAUGUCCAUUCACGAAGUUAGUGUAUCAAAUUCCUUUUGAAUUUGAUUGCCUCAUUGAUGAUUUGACUGUCAUGGAAAAUAAUGAAAACACAGUUGAAUUACUGAUUCUAACGAAACCUGAUGAAAAUGGAGCUCGAGCCAUGAAAGUUGUUGAGUUUCCAUCUUUUAAGUGUAUUUAUCAAUUUGAGAUGCCCAAGGAUACUUGGCUUGUGAAUCAACCUAAGUGCUCGGUUAACUUAUAUUAUUUAAGCGGAGAAAACAUAAACGCACAAGGCUUACCUCAAGAAAUUGAAAUGAAAUUGGUGUCUGAAACGCAGCCCGCAGAACGUCUUAAGAAACUAAUUUAUAAAGGUCAUCUAGAAGAAGCGGAGGAAUUCGGAAAACAAUUUGAAUUGAGUCUGCAACCCAUUUAUGAAGCAAAAGCUAAAAAGCUCCUACUAGAAAUGAGUAGUAUAACAGAGGAUAACAUGGAACGCUUCGAAGAAAUGUUCAAACAACUUACAAGUUUAUUAAAGCUUAUAGAGAACAAAGUGUUUUUUAAAACUAUUCGAUCAUAUGAAAUUCCAAGUAGACGUAUACUUCCUUUGUUUUUAGAUGAAAUCUUAAUUCAUCUUGAUGAAGAGAUGGACGAUGAUUGUAUCCGGGAAAUCAAAGAACAUCAACUACGUUUGAAAACCUUGGCUCUUAUAGAUCCAUAUGAAUGUAAUAUGGAUUGGCAACGUUUUGUUUAUCAUCCAAAUAUAGUACAACUAUGUUCUUCAUUUCUCAAGAGUGAAAUCCUUAUCGCUUGCCUUAUAUGGAGAAGACAUUCAGCGACUAUCAUACCUCAAAUUGAUUUACCAAAUAUUCGCAAACUAAUGAGCCUAAUUCCAGCCAAUGUUGAGCCAUUUAAUCUGGUACAAUGGCUCCGACAUUUUGUACCUACUACCGUCCAUGCAUACCCAAGCCUGAUGCCGUAUAUCAUCGAUUGGAGUAUUCAAAAAACACGUUCAUUGCAAUUGUCUAAACACUGGCCGGAAAUAGGACUUGAAUUUUCUACAAAAGUGUCUGAAAUUUUUGAUGAUAUACAUUUUCUUCAUUCUGAUGUAAGACGCCAGCAUGAAAAAAAUAUCGAAAAGCUUAGAGACUUGGUUAAUGCAUUACAAGACUUGGCUGUUCUAAAGAAAAGUUAUAACCUUGUAUUUACUUUGGACAACUACAUUAAAGACUCGUUAGAUGAGACGGCAUUCUGUAUACUUCAAAGAGUACAAAUUACUAACUUGAAAAGCCUUGUUAAUGAUUUCCUCUAUCCAAUUUAUAUGGAGCGCGGUCGUUCGCCGGUUAAAGCGAUUCGAAAAUACAUAUCUUUUCUUGUUGCUAGUCGGCAAAAUUUAAGUUCCUGGCUAAAUCGUGCCGUUACAUCAAUAGAACUUUUGCACAGUGAAGAUGCUCGUUUGGAAAGUGCACUUUUGGUUUUGCAAGCAGCUCCAGUACCGUGGCCUGUAACUGUAGGUCCACUCAUUAAAUUAGGUGAAUCAACUCACCCAUUGGCUCAAAAGAUCAACACAGAAUAUGAGAUUCAGAUUAUAAAAAUCAUGAAGGUUAAGUACGGAUGGCCUGCUGAUGGCACAGACUAUAACAUGAAACUGGUGUUUAGAAUAGUCAAGACGGAUUUACCAGAAAUGAUUGAUGACAUCAGAGAUCUUACCAAAGCCACUCCUGAAAUUCAAGGAAGUGCGAAUUUCUAUUGCUGCUACGAACUGGCGAGAAAGGGAAAAAUUGAUACUGCAUUGAAAUUUUUCAAUAGCUUGGGAACUCAACAAAAAGCUGAAUGUAGCGAAAAGAUUAUCAAUAUAUUUUCUGAAGUUCUUGAGGAUCCAAAUAUUGAUGAAAUAUCACACAGUAAUUUGUUUGAGUUUUUCAAACUCAUGACUCCACAAUCAAACACAAGUGAUCAAAAUGUGUUGUUGAAAAUUCAAAAAUGCCACAUUCUUCGAGUACGAUUCCAGCUAAAUGUCCUAACAGAUGAUUUAAGAAAACAAGAUGUUCGCCGGGAGCUUUUAGAAAAAGGAGUAUCUAAUUUGGCACAAAAAAUAAAACAGAACAAAAUCAAUGUAACUUCGCUUUGGAAUGAAAUUUGCGAACUCGCAACUGCACUGGAAUUUGAAAAAGUUUUUGGAGUUUUGGAACUUUGUAAAGUGUUGAAUAAUGUUCAUUUGUCAUGUGCUUUAGCGUACUAUACGUUAGAAUUGAUAAAUUGCACAAAACAAAAUUAUGAAAUAUUUAUUGAUCUGGCAAUUUUGGUUAUCUCGCAACAAAUCGUUUUAUGUCAGAAUAAACACGAUAGAGAUACUGCAAUGGUCACUGAUCCUUUAGCUUUUCCACUGUCUUAUAAACUUCUUGUAACGGCUUUACAAUCUGGAAAGACGUUUAAGCUUGAAAUUAUUGAGCUUCUUAAAUGGGUCCGCAUUGUAAACAUAUCAUAUGAACUCGAAGUGAUACAAGAAUGUUAUGGUAUUGAAAAUGACGUCAACGAUCGGAUUUUUAAGCACUUUGAAGAUAUCGAAAACCCAAAACCAAUGGAUAUUAAACCGCAACAAAAUAAACGUAAUUCUGUUUCUGUUUUCGAUGAAAUUGUGUGUGUACAAGAAGUUCGUAAGGAAAAAACAGUAAGAGAUCACUCACCAGUGGUUAAUUGCGUUUCACUAGCACUGCUUUUAAUUGUUUUGGAAAUACAACCAGCUAUAUAUUCCUUUAGCAAAUUAAAAACUUUAACUUCGGAAAAAUUGAAAGUUGAUGCUGCCAGAAUUAAAGGAGAAUUUUUACACUCUAUCGAAUUAUUGGUAAAAUCAAAACAACAUAACCCAUGGUAUUCUGUGGCGCAAUACCUAUUGGAGUAUCAGAAAAAUUCUGAUAAAAAAAUAAUCCACUUAGAUUUUGUAUCAACGCAAUUACGAAGGGUUUUGCGGCAUUUACUUUCUCACAAAGAACCCAAUUUCCUAGAUUUAUUUGCAAUGUUAAUAACCGAUUUGCAACCUCGACUUCAGUUGGAAAAUCUUAUGAACGAUUUAAAAUCUGAUGUUCAAAGAGUUAAUCUUCUUAUAUUAGCAGAAAUGUAUAACACACAUAUAGAAGAUAUGGUUAAGGUGAAAGAAAUCAGAGAGAGUCGCAUUAAGCAAUUCUAUUUUACCGAGCUUUGCAAGCAAGAUUCUAGUCUGAAGACUAAGCCCGACAUUGAUAUUGUAUCAAUGGGACAGCUUAUGAAAGAACUAAGAAAUAAAAUGCUAGAUGUUCGUCUUUUAGAACGACUUAGUAAAGAUUUUGGAUGGGAUUAUCAACAAGUAUUAGUUUCGCAAGUUAUAGCUGUUCUUCAUUUGCAACAGCCCAACUUUGAAAUUAAAGUCGACACUUUUGGAAAAGAGGAACUAUGCAUGAAAAAUUCUGUCGAGGAAAUAAGAAAUCUCUGCCAGCCCUACAUAAAUGAAAUAAAGAAUACUGAGCUCUUGGCAUCGAAACUAUUGAAUUUUAUGUCAGAAAUAAAUUACUAUUUUUAUGAACAUUACUUAUGUGUAAUUGAAAUUUUGAAUUACAUCAAUGAAUUACCCAAGGAAAUGCAACUGUGGAACUGUAUUUUAAUAUUUUUGAAACACAAAAUGAUCUCAAAACGUCGACAUCGCCCAUCACAAAUGGAAACCGACUGGUGGUUAAAGUCUCAUUCUGAAAUUGGUGUUUUACCAAAAAUUUCCAAAUACCGAUUGCCAUUUAUGCCAAUUGUUCAACAGCCUCUAAAAGAUAUUUUAGAUAACGAAAUCAAUAUCGACAACUGUGAGAGUUGGUUUCCAUUAAUUAAGAUGCAUACCGUUUUGCAAGCAACUGCCACACAAUCAGAAAUUCUAAAAAUGCAAGAUUAUUUCUGUAUGUCGGCUGUGAAAAAUUCCAUUUCCGAUUAUAAGUCAAACGUGGAUUCAGAUACAUGGAAUUUGCAACCUACAAACAAUGCCUUUUUGCAAUCUAUUCUAAGAUUAGUACAGCAUGUAUCCAAUACAUCAAAAGUAUUACUCAUACUUUACUUUGUUGUCAGCCAUGCCCCUGAUGGAGCAGAUCAAGUUGAAGCUUCUUACGAGUGCUACAAAUAUACAUUGAAACACGAACAAGAAUUAUUAAAUCAAGAAAAGUCUGUAGAAACUGUUCGAAAAGCCAAAAGAAAGUAUCCAAUUUUUAAAACCCAACAUUUACUGCAUGUGUAUGGACUUGUAGAAGACAAACUGUUACAGUUGGUUGAAAAUCCAAAAGAUCUCAUUUAUUCAUUAUACCAUCACGAAAUGAUUUUGAAACCCAAUAAACCUGAUAUAAAUAAAGUUUGUAAGGAAAUCGCUGAACUUCAUGACUUGGAUAUAGAUAUGAUGCAAUUCAAUUUGCUUCAAAAAUGGUUAUCUUUUGCAACGAUGUCUUCAGAAGUAACCACAUUAGAAGAGACCUUCUAUGAAGACAUAAAUAGUUCAAUAAGCGUUCAAGAAGAAAAUGAUGGUGAAAACGUUAUGAGAGCUCAUUAUAUUCUAAAAAGUUGGGAAACAGACAAAGCUAUACAAUUUCUUGUUGGUCAUAUAUUCCCAGCUGAUGGAUCAGUAAAUACAAGCAAGCAGCUUCAGAUGUUUGAAUGCUUUUCUCAGCUCAACGAUGGCAGUUCAAGCUACAACGAUGUGCUGUCCCAACAAAAAUACAUAAUAAUUAAAUGUGUUCAUAAUUUAAAACAACUUGGCUAUAAUUUUAGUCUGGAUAAAUUUGCAGACUAUGAUAAAAUAACAAUUUUGAAAAAAAUCUGGCAGAGCCAUGCUAAUAAUCAAUUUGCCAUGGAAGUUAUUGCUAACAUUUGUCUUGGUUUUAAAAUUUACAUUCCUAAAAUAUGGAAUGGUGUUUUGAGGCAAAUGGUUAAGUUUAAUAUGAUUCGAGAAUUGAAUUCACUCGUUGAUGUGUUAUCGUGUAAUUCACAUAUCUUACAUACAACGGGGUUAGUUCAAGCUUGGGAUUGUGUCUUAAAGUUGCCAUUUAAGAAGGCCAAUAAGACUAGAUCGUUUGAGCAAGAAGAGAUUUUGAUGAAGACACUCUUUAGAAUACAGGGAUGUCCUGUAGUUAGUGAAAUAAAUUUGAUUGAGAUUGCAGAAGAUUGUAUACGCAUAGACCGAACUCAUAUGGCUGCGAUUUUAAUUGUGUUCUGCUGUUCACCGAAAGAUCGAGACAUAAUCAAAAAACUCAUUACAUCACGAAUGAAUCCAAAUGUACGUAAGGAUAUUCUUGAAUUAGAAGAAUCAGGAAUAAUGCCUAAUAUAAUUAAUUUUGUUUUGAAAGAACUUAACAUUUAAGAUUUUCUUCGUUUUGGAAAAUAAAGUGCAUAAAAUAAUUGAAA